AUGCGAGGUUUCUGCAAGCGCUUGUCCGGGGUGGGAGUGCACGCUGGCGGGGUGAAGUGUCGUGGGGGUCCCGCUAAAGUUACGGUUCUCCUGGAAGUCAAACAGACGGGGGAGUGGGGCUUACGUGUGCAGACUGAAGCUUCGCUGGAGGAUCCAGACCUGGUUAAAGUCCUGGCUGUGACCACGGGCAUCAGCAGCACCCGGGGGACCUGCGCUCGAACGGGUGUCAAUGGGGAGCAGUCACAGAGACUCCGCCUACAGACCGGAGCUUCCUCGGAGACUGUAGCCGGGUUGGGAGCGCUCCUCUCCGGCUCCGCUCCCCGCUGUGCUCCACGCGCCCUCUGCGUCUCAUCUCCACGCGCCAUCAUGCAUGCGGGGCUCGUGCUCGUCGCGGUGAUGCUGUUGGCGUCUUCCGUAGAUUCACGGAACGGGCCGAAAGUCACCGAGAAGGUUUUCUUUGACGUGACGGUCGGAGGUCAUGAGGUUGGCCGGAUCGUCAUCGGACUGUUUGGAGAAGAGGUCCCACUCACGGUCGCCAACUUUGUCACACUGGCAACGGGAGAGAAAGAAUACGGAUUCAAAGGCACUAGGUUCCACCGCGUCAUCAAGGACUUCAUGAUCCAGGGAGGAGACUUCACCAGCGGCGACGGGACCGGAGGUCACAGCAUCUACGGCACCACUUUCGCAGAUGAGAACUUUAAACUGAAGCAUUUGGGAGCUGGGUGGGUGAGCAUGGCAAACGCAGGACCAGACACAAACGGGUCGCAGUUCUUCAUCCUCGCCACCAGAGCUCCGUGGCUCGAUGGGAAACACGUGGUCUUCGGCAAAGUCCUGGACGGAAUGACGGUGGUGCACACGAUCGAGCUGCAGGACACAAACGACAGGAACCUGCCCUACACCGAGUGUGUGAUCGUGAACAGCGGACGCAUCGCCGUCACCGAGCCCUUCACUGUGGAGGUGGAGGGCUGGGUCUGA